AUGGCUUUCUUAAAAAGACUUCUGAGAUGCUUGAGAAGUGCUGUGAGGCCCAGGGACGACAGGGUGGCCUGGAAAUACGACUACUUCCCGAAGAUCAUCCAACUUCUGGAUGAUUAUCCAAAAUUCAUUGCAGGAGCAGACAAUGUGGACUCCAAGCAGAUGCAGCAGGUCCACGGGUCCCUCCGUGGGAAGGCUGUGUUGCUGAUAGGCAAGAGCACCAUGACAUGCAAGGACAUCCAAGGGCAUCCGGAAAACAGCCCAGCUCUGGAGAAACUGUUGCUUCAUAUCCGGGUGAAUGUGGGCUUUGUGUUCACCAGGAAGGACCCCCCUGAGAUCAGCAACAUGCUGCCGGUCAAUAAGGUGCCAGCUGCCUCACAUGCUGGUGCCAUUGCCCCAUCUGAAGUCACUGUGCCAGCCCAGAACACUGGUCUAGGGCCAGAGAGGACCUCCUUCUUCCAGGCUUUAGGCAUCACCAAUAAAAUCUCCAACGGCACCAUUGAAAUCCUGAGUGAUGUGCAGCUGAUUAAAACUGGAGACACGGUGGGAGCCAGCGAGGUCACACUGCUAUAUGCUGAACAUCUCCCCCUCUCCUUGGGGCUGACCAUCCAGCAGGCAUUUGACAAUGGCAGCAUCUACCACCCGGAAGUGCUUGGCAUCACAGAGGAAUUGCUGCAUUCCCGCUUCCUGGAGGGUAUCCACAAUGUUGCCGGCAUAUGUCUGCAGAUUGGUUGCCCGACUGUUGUUACAUCAGUCCCCCAUUCUAUCAUCAGUGGGUACAAGCAGGUUCUGGAGUUGUCUGUGGAGCCUGAUUACACCUUCCCACUUGCUGAGAAGGUCAAGGCCCCCUUGGCUGAUCCAUCUGCUUUUGUGGCUGCUGCCCCUGUGGCCACUGCCAUCACUGCUGAUCCUGCUGCUGCCGCCAAGGUUGAAGCAAAGGAAGAGUCGGAGGAGUCAGAUGACGAUAUGGGAUUUGGUCUCUUUGACUCAGCACUAAAAAGCAACCAGCUCAGAUAGUUUUUAUUUGUGAAACAAGAAAAUAAAGGCUUA